AUGGAAAAUGACUAUGUUGACAAUAUCAAACAAUGUAUACAUCGAGAACGUAAAAAACGCAUACCUUCGCUUCCAAAAAAUCUUAUUGAAGUCAUUGAAGCUAUGAAUAAUCGUGAAAUAAGAACUGUUGAAGGUGAGUCAUUUUUAAUACAUACAGAUUUGGUGAACAAUAUGAUGUGUUUUUCUACAGACAGUAAUCUAAAGGCUCUAAGCUCGUCUAAUACAAUAUUUGUUGAUGGUACAUUUUCUUCGUGUCCUAAGUUUUUUUAUCAACUUUUUACAAUCCAUGUAAAUAUAAAUGGGCAUUAUGUUCCAUUAGUUUUUUUUUUAUUACCUAACAAAACAACACAUAUUUAUGAAUUAGCAUUUAGUUUUUUAAAAACUAAAUGUGCUGAAUUAAAUAUAAAUUUAAAACUGACAACAAUUGUGGCUGAUUUUGAAGAAUCUAUUCAUGCUGGGGCAAAAAUGAUUUGGCCAUUAAUACAAGUAAUCGGAUGCAGAUUCCAUUUAACGCAAAGUUGGUGGAGAAAAAUCCAAGAAAUUGGAUUAACAGACGUGUAUAAAAAUAAAAACUGUGAUUCCGGAAUCUGGUUAGGAAAAAUAUUCGGACUUUCUUUUUUAAGCCCAGAAGAAGUUUCUGAUUGUUUUGUAGAAGAGUUUAUGGCACACUGCCCUAAUGAUCCAAAAAUGCUAACAUUUUGUGAUUAUUUAACUGAAAACUACAUUGACGAGUUUUCGAGAUUUCCACCCAAUGUUUGGGCCUCUUUCUACAUUAGUUCUGAGCGAACCACAAAUAGUUGUGAAUCUUUCCACGCAAAACUCAAUUCUCUGUUUACAAAAUCACACCCAAACAUUUUUUUAUUUAUACACGUCUUAAACACAAGGAUCCAAACAGAUACGUACAUUAUUCUCAGGUCAACUCACAAAACAAAAAUUAGUAAGAACACAAAAUAUAUUCAUCAAAAAAGAAAAAUCGAAGAUUUAUUUAAAGAUUAUGAGGCUAAAAAAAUUAACCGCUCACAUUUCAUUAGUUUGGCAUCAUCCCAUUAUAAAAAAUAA